AUGGACUCCGCUGCCUAUCGAGUUGCAUCCUGCAGCGCCUCCAGCUACGAUUCCGCAAGCAUCGCUUCGUCUAGUACGCAUGUUGCGGUCCACGCGCCCACAUCCGACGCUCGACUCGCUGCCGACGACCACAGAGUACUUCGUCCAGGCGACUUCAAAAGGGUCAAGAGCCAGGUCAGUCUACGCUCCAGACCCGUUUCGCGCAAACCCAACCCAGAAUCACCCACUCUUGCUGCGCCAUCGACAUCCUCACUCAACGACCCACCAACCCCUCAAAGCGAUGCAUCCACUUUGCCUCUGGACUUUGACCUUGUCAUCCCUACCACACCCAAGGAACUCGCUCAACGCGAAACCGGGAGUCGCGACACCUUCGGACCUUGGCACGACGAUGCUGACGAUCUGACUGUCGAUGCGACUGAACUCAACGAAGAGCUGCUCAGUGCCAUCGACGACGAGUCCGUCUCUGGACACGUGCUCGCGGUCGACAGCGAAUUCGAUCCCAUUGGAUCCUCUGCAGCACCCAUCACACCUUCAGCUUCUUCUUCUCCGCACCUCGACGCACAUGCAACCCAACUCAAGCAGGAAGCCGAGCAUGCUUGGGCAUCCUAUCGUCCCCGCUUGACUCCGCAGCAGCACAGUCUACCUUUGCACAAGCACAAGGUUCGCAAUUCAAGACCUUCGACCUCAGCACAGCCUCCCAACAUACCUCAACGGGUCACUUCCCUGCGCAGAUCAUCUUCCAUUGCUCUCAGUGCCUCGCUCGCAUCCAACAUGGGUUCACCAGCAGCCUCCGCAGGCUCUGCAUUCAGCAGUCCAUCCAUGGCCGCCUCCAUCCUCUUCAGCCCCUCUCCUGCCAGCUCACACGCACGAAUGGAAAGUCAGACGUCCCCGCGUCUCACCUCGUCUACAACCUGGGCAGGCUUCCGUGGCCCGUACCCUGCCUCGAUCCUUUCCUCUACAACAGACAGCAGUCACCCGAGCUUCCAGCACAGCUUCGAGAGUGGCAUGAGACCUCUUCUUGCCAACAACUCUGCCUCAUCAACUCGACCGCACGGACGCUCGACAAGGCCGCUGACCGUAGGCAGUCCGCCCAAAGACUAUGCCGACGCUUCCGACGUCGAGCAUCUGCGUCCACACACGGCAUCCGUGGCCUUCGCUCUGCCUGACACGAGCAAUCUUCUUUCUGCCGAAGAGAGGCGUCAGCAAGUGCGCAGGACGAAGAAGCUCACCCAGAUGCUCGGCGAAGAGAUGCUUCUGGCGAACAAGACCCUCAACGUCGAGUCGCAGUCCAUUGGCACAAGCUCCCAUGCGCGCCGCAAGCAGCCUCGCGCGCAGAGCAUGGCGUUUGGCAUUGAUUCAUACAGCAACCCUGCCUCGAGCCCAACCCUGCCGUCCUCCGGCAGCAAGACUCGCGCCUUGUCGCAGAAGCUUCUCCUCAGUCGUAGUCAACGAGUCAAGAGCCUGGAUCGUGCCUUCCCGGAUAUGAUGCAAGCUCCCACUUCGGCGCCAGCGAGCCUCAGUCGUACAGCAGCCGCCAUUCUUGGCCUUCCGCAUCCCGACUCCUCCGGUGCGUCCGCUCGAAAGUCUGCCGAAGAAGUGCUUGCCACCGAUGAAGAGCUCGACACGCUUAGCGAGCUGCAAUCCAACCAUCUGAUCCCAUCGGGACUGGAGGAGUUCAACGAGCCCACCCCGCACGUGGCUCAGCUCGCAGCAUUCUCGGCCGCGGCCCUCGACGAAGCUGACUCGCCCACGCUGCCCCACGACGGGCCAUUCCGAGCUUCGGAUCGAUCGACAGCACUCGCCGAGUCGGAGAGCCGCAAACUCGCCGCUGUUCGCGAAGAACGUCGUCGUCGGGUCGCCAAGAUGUCGCGCUGGCUAGGCGAGGCGGUGCCUGCGGAGCUCAUCCACUCUGGUGCCGACCAUGCGGUGAUCCGAAGCACUAGCGCCUCGCAGGGGAUGUCGAUCGAACACAGUCACGACUCGACUGCGUACGCUGCUAGCUUGCGCUCCUCCUCCAGCUGCAAUGGCAAGAGCGAAGCGGAGAGGAAGUUGCAGUCGUUCAUGUCGAUCGAUAGCUCGGAUGAGGAGGGCGAUGAUACGCCUGUUAGGGUGGGCCGGAAGCAUCGGGGUCUUGCUGCACGGUCGCCGGCGAGCAUCGCUGCCAGCUACGAGUACGACCGGGCGCGUCUUUGUGAGCUCGCCUCAAUGCUCGACGGCACACGCGAUACGAUCCUCACCACCAUUCGACCGGCUCGCGCAUCAGCCACGUCGCCCUCGAUGACGAGCGACCUGAGCCCAUCCCUGGCUCACGCAUCAAGCGGGCCGGCUGGGGCAUUCCUCGACCUCUCCGGCUCGGAAUCCGACAGCAGCACCGCCGAAGACGAACCGCGCGAGAUCGAUGUGUACCCAACAACGCUCCGUCGACCGCACGAUCGGUCGCUCAGCAAGCUGUCGAGCUUUUUUGGCUCGACACCGCAGCAGAUUGUCCGCGAGCAGGCCGGGAUGACCGCUGCGGAAGGGUUGGGUGUCACGCUUGGGUCGUUGCAUGAGGAGAGUUGGGAGACGGGUGUGAGGGGUAAGGUUGGGGGAAGGAGGGUAGGGGUUUGA